AUGCAUCGUUUGGCGAUUUUGGCUGCUAGAUUACAGGGUUUUCGCUAUGAACUCACAGUAAACCAUCGUCAAAUGUUUGGAGAUUAUGAUCCUGUCAGACCUUUAUCUGACAGUGUUUUUUCUGCUUUAGAAUUGUUAAUGGCUGAUUGUGUACUCGCCACUGAACCGUCAAUGAAUCCAAUUCUCGUCACGAACAAUCUCUUCUCAAUUUAUUGUGGUGCUUUGGCUAGGGGUGUUGUUUUUAAGCAAUUCAACGUUCAAAUUGUUAGUGAAGAUACGGCUGAACAUAUACAAUCAGAAAUGCGUAGACAACGCCUGCUCCAACAACCUUCGCCUAUCGCUCAAGUUCCUUCUGCCGCAUUGUUAGCUAUGAAGCCAACAAGCGGAACAAAACGGUCAAAUGCUCAAACAAUGAAUGUUAAUACAAUAGAUACAAGUGGAAACACGACAACAGCGCAUAAGAAAAGUGAUAUAAAUAGUAAAGAAGUUGAUUUAUCUCCGAGUGGCGUUGACCCAACAAAGUUGAUAAGCGGGAAAAGGCCAAUCUUCUAUUUUUAUAUACGGGCGACAAUGUUUAGCCCAUCUGGACGUUUUGCGGAUGCUCAUACGCUCUCACUUCCAUUUACUAUUGCAACAAGACGAAAUCAGGACUAUCAAGUACAACGAAUGAUGAGUUCUUAUACAGCUACUUGUUUUUGGCUCUAUGGAAAUAAUGUUCAAGAUGGUCUUUUACUUCAAUGGGUGGAGGAAACUGCAAUGGGAUGGGAGCGCUUUAAAUUUCUUUUUAUGCAAUAUUUUCGUGUUAAUGCUGAGGUGGAUAGAGGAUUACAAAAUAGUGAUUUUGAUUUACUUCAAUACAAAAUUCAAUGCAAUGAUUGUUCCCCUCCAUCAAAUAUUCAAGGAAUUGGAGAUGAACGCAAAAUUACUUUUAAAAAUAUUUUGUGCCCACAUUUGCGGUAUGAAUGUGGGUCUACAAAUGUACGUUUCAGUGUUUGGAGAGGGCUUCUUGAACUUUUACAAUUAUUUCAAGACAAUAAAACCUGUGUUAAAAAAUUAUGGGAAAAGAAUUUACUGAUGGGAUUUAUGGAAUUUGAUCAGGUUGCAAAACUCCUAUCACCAUACCCCUCUGCACUAAUUAUGCGACUUUCUUUUGUUACUGGUGGAACAAUUUGUAUAACUUUAAAAUCAACGGUACAUCAACAUUCUUCUGGUAUUGAUUCAAUAAUUACAGACGAACAAACUUCCUCAACAUCAUAUGUUGAACCAAUGCAUCUAGAACCUUUAGAUCUUAAAAAAUUGCAAGCAAAAAGUCUUGUUGAAUAUUUGAGAGAUAUUGCUUUAACAGAAAAAAUAAAAUAUUUAAUUAAUGCAAAUGGAGAGCCUCUUCAAAUUGGCGAACUUCUUCUUGAGCAAUUUAAUGAAAAAAGUGCUGGUGGUGUUGGAGAAUUGGAAACAAGUCGUUGUAUUUCUUCUAAUGUUACACAUUGUGGGGAUGUUGGUGCAAUGCAGCAAAUAACCUUCACAGCAAUGCGUAUAGCUGUUGUUACAUGUAAAGUUAAACCUCCAAGUGCUGAUAUGGAUUUUGAUGAAGUUGUGCAACCAAAAGGUACUUCACCUGUUCCAAGUAGCAGUAGUUAUUCACCUUUUAAUCCUUAUUUCUUUGGCGGCGGUGGAAAUAAUAACACAAAUCAAACAAAUAAUUAUCGUCUUCCUGCAGCUAAUGAUGAUUUUGUACGAGAAGUUAUACAGUUGUGCAAUUUUUGGGGGAAAUCUAAACAGGACUUGACGGUCUUACUUGAACAAGCUGCUGAAGAGCAAUUCGCAACACUUUCCCUCAACUCAGGGCAUUCCUCACGUGCCCAAAGUAUUUAUAGAGACCCUUCUAUAACUACUGGAAAUGGUGGUAGAAGAAUAAGUACAGGAAGUGGAAUUAUAGAACAACAACAACAACAAACAUCAACAACCCCAACACUUUUAGUUCAACAACAACAACCAAAUAAUAAUUCUUUUGAUUUAUUUUCUUCAACAAAUUCAACACAAUUUCAAUUACAAAAUAAUUUUUUAAAUCAACAAAAACAGCAACAAAUAAUAAAAUUGGAACAAAGGAUGUUACAGCAACAACAACAACAAAAUAAUAAUAAUAAUGGACAUUCCUCUUUUUGA